AUGGCUCAGCUACCGAAACAGCUGGGUUGGAUAUGUAGCAAAUGUCGAGGCACACUAAAACGUGAUGGACCAUUUCGAACACAACAUUUGCGCUCGUUCAGUAGCAGUCACAAAUACGCAAAGACACUUGCAACCUUCACUCCGACUUCGUCGCCAGAGCUGGAUGCGACUCUCAAUUCGUGGCGAGAGUCAGUCUUCCUACCUAGCAUACUAUCUUCAGAACAUCAACGCUUGAUCUACAAAACUUCACGACGUGAUAUUCUUACUACACCUCCUGGAGUGUCAGUAUCUGUUAGGAAAACAGUAGCGCCGUCUGUCAAGCUCAUCGAAAAUGAAGAGGAGGAAAUCAUCAAGCUACAACCAGCAAACAGAUUCGCAAGAGUUAACCAAGCUGAGAGCUUGAAGAAGAUAGUCAAAUUGUUGGAACAAAAUUCAAGCGCUGCAGCAUGGGACAAUCUGAUACCCUUCCUCGAAGGCCUACGCACUGCCAAAUGUGCUGUGCCUGCGUCGUUCACUGAGAGACUGGCACGCAAAGCGAACCUACAAGGGAAGGGAAGAUGGAAUACUAUAUUGACUGCAGCAUCGAUGGUCGGAAAGACUGGAUUGACAUUGAGUGAAAGAGCAUUGACUAGGGAGAUACUCAAUGGCGCUUUCCACAGAGCGACCCUACAAGAAUUCAAAACAGUUGAGCCAGAAAGAACUGUUCAACAGGUGAUACAAUUGUUGGAAGCUCCAGGACACUGCGGCAGUGAUAUUCCUUCCGACAUGAGUCGAUAUGCAGAUAUGAGACAAGAUCCUGUUGUUAUGGCGGUCAAACUUGCUUUCUCUGCAACGGAUGUUCUGAAGAAGCACAAUAGGAAGGAUCAACACGGAAUUGUUAGCAGCGACAUCCGGAGACUGUUGACUCUGGAUACGACUACGAACGACGAUGUCGAAAAUGUCCCAGGCUUCGGUUAUGUGAUAAGUAAUAUCAUUACGACGAGAAAGGUAUCAGGGCCUCGUGGCGAAAGCAUCAGCGCGACUUGCCAGCUUGAAGACAUGGCUGUCCUCUAUGGUGGUCUGUCACUUGCCAACAAGGUGGACUUGCAACCAUUCUUGAGCAAGAAGGAUAGUGUUGAGCUGUCUGUCAGACUACAAAGGUUUACGCGGCAGGUUAAGGAGAAGCUCGAAGAGAUCGGGAGGACUGUUGAGUCAGGAAGUCAAGCUCAGUCCGAAGGCGAUAGAAAACCAAGGAGAAGUUUAAAGUACUUCGAUGCUGUACAAGCGGCGCUACCAAAGAUAUAG